UAGGCUUUUCCCUUUGUCAGAGAGGAGAGCUUGGGAGGCAGGAGCCUGGCUUCUCUGUGCCUGACUUUCUGUCAUCCACUUCAUCAAAGCUCCUUAACUGAGCCCUAUCAGCUCACUGAGCACCAGGCAUUCAGAGAGACAAAGAGAUGGACACCGGAGGAGGCAUCCGGACUCACUCACACCAACUCUCAUGUCCUGGCACCGCCUGUGUGGAAAUGACAAAUGUGCAUACAGAGCUGAGAAUGAAGCGGAGAGCAUCAGACAGAGGAGCUGGAGAAACGUCGGCCAGGGCAAAGGCUCUAGGAAGUGGGAUUUCCGGAAAUAAUGCUAAGAGAGCUGGACCAUUCAUCCUGGGUCCCCGUCUGGGUAACUCACCGGUGCCAAGCAUCGUGCAGUGUUUGGCGAGGAAAGAUGGCACAGAUGACUUCUAUCAGCUGAAGAUCCUUACCCUUGAGGAGAGGGGGGACCAAGGAAUAGAAAGCCAAGAGGAAAGGCAAGGCAAGAUGCUGUUACACACCGAGUACUCUCUGCUUUCCCUCCUCCACACGCAGGAUGGCGUGGUUCACCACCAUGGGCUCUUCCAGGACCGCACCUGUGAAAUCGUUGAGGACACAGAGUCCAGCCGAAUGGUUAAGAAGAUGAAGAAGCGUAUCUGCCUUGUCCUCGACUGCCUCUGUGCACACGACUUCAGCGACAAGACCGCUGAUCUGAUCAACCUGCAGCACUACGUCAUCAAGGAGAAGAGGCUCAGUGAGCGCGAGACCGUGGUCAUCUUCUACGACGUGGUGCGUGUGGUGGAAGCCCUGCACCAGAAAAACAUUGUGCACAGGGACCUGAAGCUUGGGAACAUGGUGCUCAAUAAGAGGACACAUAGGAUAACCAUCACCAACUUCUGCCUCGGGAAGCAUCUCGUGAGCGAGGGGGACCUGCUGAAGGACCAGAGGGGGAGCCCUGCCUACAUCAGUCCAGACGUGCUCAGCGGCCGGCCGUACCGGGGAAAGCCGAGUGACAUGUGGGCCCUGGGUGUGGUGCUCUUCACCAUGCUCUACGGCCAGUUCCCCUUCUACGACAGCAUCCCACAGGAGCUCUUCCGCAAGAUCAAGGCUGCUGAGUACACCAUCCCUGAGGAUGGGCGGGUUUCUGAGAACACUGUGUGUCUCAUCCGGAAACUGCUGGUCCUUGACCCCCAGCAGCGCCUGGCCGCCACUGAUGUCCUGGAGGCACUCAGUGCCAUCAUCGCGUCAUGGCAGUCCCUGUCAUCUCUGAGCGGGCCUUUGCAAGUGGUCCCUGACAUCGAUGACCAAAUGAGCAACUCAGACAGCUCCCAGGAGGCAAAGGUGACAGAGGAGUGUUCCCAGUAUGAGUUUGAGAACUACAUGCGGCAGCAGCUGCUGCUGGCCGAGGAGAAGAGCUCCAUACACGAGGCCCGGAGCUGGGUACCCAAGCGGCAGUUUGGCAGCGCGCCACUGGUGCGCCGGCUGGGCCACGACGCACAGCCCAUGAACCCCUUGGACGCAGCCAUCCUGGCACAGCGCUGCCUACGGAAAUAGCAGCCUCAGGCAGGGGCGCCAGCACCACCCGCCACCUCUUCCUGGCCCCCAGCCAACGCCCGGCUGUGGGGCCAGGCCCUGGAGUGCUGAACUCUCUCCCAGGCUGCCACAGGGACAGGCAGGGACAGCCCAGGUCACACGUGGGGUCAGCAGAGGUACCACAAAGCUACCUUUUGGAAUGAUUGCUUGAUUGUUUGGUUUUUUAAUCUGAGAAGCCUAGAUAACUAAUCUGCUUUUAAUCAUGACGUUUUAAUCUACCUCUGUCUCUUUAACCAUGCUGUCUCUGGACUGAGUGAGAGGGAGGAAGAGGGAGCCCGCCCAGCCGCCCUGCUCCCCACAGUCCAAAUAAGCUGAAAGUGCAGCUCGCUGCUGGCUCCCAAAACGAAUGCCCACUCCCCACUGUUCUCCCAGGCCCCCUCCCACUGUCAGUUUUCCUCUUUCCCCUUCGAACCCCAGGCCCCUCAGUCCAAGCUUUGGAAAACCUUCACCUCAUCUUAAGCGGAAUUCAAAUAUAUUUAUUUUUAUACUGAAACCAACUUCUCUCCCAUCUCUAGGUGGCUCGCUCUUGGCCACUCCCUGCCCCCAGCCAGCCUGGCUGGACAGCAGUGAGUCCACAGCCCACAAAUGGGCCCUCUCCUCGCUCCCAGUCUCAGAAGCCCCUUCUUGCCGGUCCCUCUCCACCUCCAGCCCACCAGUCCCCCUUAGUUCUGGUGAUGGGGGGGCCUUUCUCCACUUGGUUCUCUUUCUCCCAUCUCAGUAGCUCCUCUGAGGUGCUGUACACUUGCAUUAACCCUGGUUUCCUUCUCCACCCCUCACCGCGGUACUGAGAUGUGAAUGGGGUGCCUGGUGGUUGGGCUGCGGAGGGGUGAACUGGGCUGGCCAUGAACAGGUGGGCCUUGGCUACACGCCCUCUCGCUCCCCACAUCCCAGUCUGUAUUCAGAGAGUGAUGGAGGUAUCUCCCCGCCUGCCCUUGCCUCAUAAUAGAUACGGUGUCUCUUCCCAGCAGGCGCUGGCCGGGUCCUUUGUGGGGGCUGCAAGGCUCGUGGGGAGAAUCGUAGUAGGGACUGGGGGGCCCCGUCUGGCUUGAGAACAGCCCUGCUGCCCUUUUUGAGCCGAGAUUUUGAAGUGGAUGCCCGUCUUGCCAGAAAUGCUGUUCUCACCAGAAUGCCCUUCCCGUCUACUGAUCCUCACUGGACUUUGGCCCUGCCCAGUUCCAAGCAAAGACCUUCCCCUGGCCUCCCCCUGGCCUCCCCACCAGACCCCUAAGAGAGGCUGAUUGUUACCUUCCAGGCAGCCCCGGGCCCUCAGGCCCUUCCUGCCUGUCCUUACUCCCCAGUGGGAAGGUGACCGCAGUCUGUAUGACCCUGUUUCCCAGUGUGAACUGCUCCCCUCCCCAAAAGCUGACUCACUGUGAGAGACUUGGGCAAGUUCCCAAACCUCCUUGUGCCUCAGUUUCCCCAUCUGGAAAAAAUGGGGCCACCUCUUGCCAGCAGUAGCAGGGCUGCCCACACCCCUUCCUCCCUGUGCCCCCAUCUCAGCACUUGGGCACCCCGUGCCUCUGCCUCAGUGGGUCUGAGGGAGCCUGCCUGAGCCCAGCACUUACUCCCCUGAGCACCAAGCUCUGCCUCUUGUCAGCUGUCUGGCCACUGAGAGCCAGGUCUCGUGCUGUGGGGUUGGGGAUGCCCUCUUUUCUAUAUUUAUUUCAAAAAGAAGUCUCCUAAGGGAGUAGAAAUGCAGUCCAGCCCAGGGCUCCCAGCCCCUGUGACUGUCCUCCUGUGAGGGGCUCCACUGUGCCCCUUGCCCAGCAGUCUGCCCAGACCCUCCAGGCCUGCUUGCCACGUGUGGUCUUUCUUCUCCUUUUCAAAGCAAUAUCCUCCAGGUUUGCAAAGCCCUAUCAGACAGUGGUCCCUUCCCAAGGUCAACCCAUGUGUCUGAUUACAUUUCUAACAAAGCAAAUGAGAGGAGGUUGGGUCUGCCCUCACUGGGUGUCACACGCUGAGAGAAGUCCAAUUGUAAAGAAACAAAACAAAACAGAAAAAGUCACAAAAAAGUUUGUAUAAAGACAUAUUUUUGUACUACAUGGGGACUCUUCCUGCAUGUCAGCAAUAAAACUUCCUGAUCUGGAGCCAC